CAUAGCAGUGCGAUUUCUGAAGUCUAAAUUCCGUCCAAUCGAAAUGAACGGAUUAAGGAAGGCACACUGCUAACGCUCAGAUGAGCUAGCUAAAGGAGUGGAGUAUGAAGCCGAGAAGCGUAUUCUUCUCUGGUUUAUAGAGAUUUGCUCUUCUGCUAAUUUAUAAAUCCUUUAAAAGGGUAUGCAUAAUACGACUGACCUUGAGAAGUACAUGUUGCGUGCCGCGUGCAGGGGGUGCAUAAGCAUGUCAACGCUGCUGGAUCUGAAGAGCAGCGUUCUGCGCCAGGUGCAGAGGAGCCAGUCGCUACGGGGAAGGAGGGAUCCCACCCCUCAGGCCAGCAGCCCUCUCACGCACUGCCCGGAGAGCGCCACCUAUGGAAUUGCUGAAGGAAAUGGAGAGUUCUUCAAGCGCAUGGAGAACAUUCUGCAGAAGCAGGAAACCGUGGAGCGGACCGCGCAGACUGAGUGUGAAGGACAGGACAGGGCCUCACCCCCUCCAGAGUGCCCUGACCAGGCCUGCAUCCCCGAGAAAGUGUCCAGGAGAGAGCUGGAUCUGCUUUAUGAAGAGGUGGUCUACACAGUGGUGAAUCGGGUGGGCGUGGCCUCCCCAGAGUACGUGACCAAUGAAGGGGAGCUCUUCUCCUACCUACAGAAGGUAUUUGAUAUGGGUCCGGAAGAACAUGACAUCAUUUUACAGAGAGUUCAAGAAUCCAAGAGAGCGACUUUCUCCUUGAGGGUCUCUGUCAUGAAGGGAAAAAAUCUUCUGGCUAAAGACGCCAAUGGAUACAGCGACCCCUAUUGCAUGCUGGGCAUCCUCCUGGGACAAAGCCCCAAGGAGCCGGAGGAGAAGAAAGAGCGGAGGUUCAGCUUUCGAAAGCGGAAGGACAAGCUGGAGAAACGGCCGAGCGUGAAGGAGGUGCUGGCGGCCCGGUCCAUCCAGGUCACCGAGGUCAAACCCGAGACGCUCAACCCGGUGUGGAACGAGCACUUCAUGUUCGACAUCGAUGACGUCACCAGCGAUCUGCUGCAUCUGGACAUAUGGGAUCACGACGACGACGUCUCUGUUGCCGAGGCCUGCAAGAAGCUGAAUGAAGUCAGUGGGCUGAGAGGAAUGGGCAGGUACUUCAAGCAGAUCGCCAAGUCGGUCCGAGCCAAUGGGAGCGCGGCAGAGGAGAGCGCGGAUGACUUCCUGGGGUGUCUGAACAUCCCCAUUAACGAGAUCCCGGUGGCCGGAUACAACAAGUGGUUCAAACUGGAGCCCCGCUCCAGCGCCUCCAGGGUUCAGGGGGAGUGCCACCUGAUCCUCAGGCUCUUCAUCUCCCAGAGGGAAACGACCCUGAGCAAGCGGGACCCGCCCAUGGCCAUCCACGAGAAGAUCCUGAGCCAGAUGCUGGAGUACGAGCACGCCUGCGUACAGACAGAGCCCUACAGCUGGGAUGGGAGGGUGUGUCAGGCAGCGUGGACUGUGCUAUCCCAUCAUGCAGUGCAAACCGACCUCUCACCCCUGCAGCAAGCCAUCAUACGAUGGCGUUGCUAUAGCAGCCAUCACCGGGCCCAGCGGAUGUGCUACUCCUUCCUGCUGGAGCUUCUGGGCGCCAUUGAGGAGGACUGGGACCGCCAGGCUGUGAAAGGGGAUCUGGAGGAGCAGCUGAGGGAGAGCUUCAGGCUGCACACGGAGUACUGCCUGUCCCUGCUGCAUAACCUGCGCCAGGUGUUCCCCUGCUCCGUCCCCACCGCCGUUGUCCGCUGCCAGCUCAUGCUGAGGGGCCUGGGGCUCAUCCACACCAUGCCGGUUUUCCGGUCCGUCUGUCCCCUGCACAACCAGCUGCACGUGGAGAUCUCCGCCGUGAUAAAGAAGGGGACGGCGGAGUGGUACGCGGCCACCGUCGCUCAGUUUAAGCCGGACGAAGGGAGCCUGGAGGAGCAGCUGAAGCGGCUGGUUCUGGUGGUGGACGCGGUGUGCGUGGACGUGCACAAGGCGCAGACCAUCUACAACAAGCUCUUCAGCAGUUCUGUGAAAGUGGACUUCUUCAGUAUCUCCUACCGGCAGCUGGAAAAACUGGUGGCUGACCAUGUGAGCGUUACCAUGGAGAAGGUGUGCGGGACUCUGGAGCAGGAAGGCUCGCGGCUGACCCAGGGGAUGGGAGAGACGCUGUUCGAGCUCUACAUCUCCCUAAAGACGCUCAAGCACUUCCGCCAAUACCUGCCUCUCAAGGAUGCUAAGAUGUUAUCCCUGACGGGGUUUCAUAACUGGUUCAAGACCUCCAUUCACAAGUGGCUGCAGAUAGUUCACCAGAAGUCAUGUGACCGGAUCCGCAGAGCGGUAGAGGAGGAUCAGCUGGCUCCCAUCCACAGCCUGGCCAAGCACAGCAGCUCUGCGGUGGACAUCACUUCCUGCUUCACUCAGGUGCGGGACUUCUGGGUCCAGCUGGACUGGCCCGAUUCGGCGGGAGCCUUCAUCUUUGUGACCCGGCUGACAGACGAUUUCUGCAGUGCAGCUGUUCUUGCGACUUACUCGGCCGUAGUCCCUCAUUAAGAGGAAGGAUAAAACCUCACGUAGAGGUGCCUCACCAUCCAGCUGUGCGUGGCGCUGAACAACAUUGAGCACGUGCGGGGUUUCCUGGGCAACAUGCCGCGGGACCUGGACUGGGCGGGGCUGGAGCAGGCCAUGGAGGAGUCGUGCGGCCUUGAGGGCAGGGAGCAGGUCAACAAGGCCCUGAACGCCCAGCUCUACAACGUGGACAUGGAGCUGCAGAGGGAGGCCAAGCGCAUGAUCACGCACCUCACCGACAAGGUGCUGGUAGAUUUGAGGAAAUACAUACAGCACAUCAGCCUAUCUCCAGACUCCAUUCAGAAUGAUGAUGCCAUAUCCCCUCUGAUGAAGUAUCUACACGACACUUUGGUCAUCCUCAGCGAGUCUUUGGUGAAGGAGAACCUGGCCAGAGUUCUGCACAGCCUGUGGGAGCAGGUUCUCCGGAUGAUCUUCGACACGGUGACGGAGAACCGAGGCGUGCAGAUGGAGUUCUACGGAAGGUUCCACUACACCAUGGAGGCCUUGGUGGAGUUCUUCCAUGCGGACGGGGAGGGGCUGGCUCUGGAGGAUCUCCGAAGCGGAGACUAUAAGGCCCUGGAGGACGAGCUUCGUCUGAACAAGUGCUCGUCUAACGAGCUGAUCGAGCAGUACUUCCUGGAGAAGAUCGCCCAGCAGAGGAUUCUCAAGCACAGCCGCUUCGGGCGGAUCAGUGUGAAGUGCUACUACGAGGCCCCCGAGCAGCGGCUCACCGUGGAGAUCCUACACGCCGCCGAGAUCAUCGCCCUGGAUGCUAACGGGCUGAGUGACCCCUUCGUCAUCGUGGAGCUCUGUCCCCACCACCUCUUCCCCAAUGCGAAGAGCCAGCGCACCCAAGUCAAACCCAAAACCCUGCACCCCGUCUUCGAUGAGCUUUUCUACUUCCACGUCAGCCCAGAGCAGUACAGGAACAGGUACGCCUGCGUGACCUUCACUGUGAUGGAUUACGAUUGGCUGUCCACCAACGACUUCGCCGGGGACGCCGUCGCCCCCCUGAGCGACUUCUGCUGGCCGGGCCGUCCGAGCGCCUCGGCGGGGGGGAAGAACCUGCCCCCGGUCAUCCUGCAUCUGUCCCGCACCAAACCCAGCGAGAAGUCCAUCGUGAAGAUGCUGGAGGCCCGAACCGCCGACCGAGAAGCGCAGGAGUUCGUGCGGCGGUUGAAAGAGAUCGAGAAGGCGAUGGAAGAGGAGUAAAAAAAAAAACUCGGCGUUUCCGGUAUUCGAUAAAAAAAAAAAGAAAAAUCUCUCAACACUUGUGAUUUUCUACUGGUUGUACUAUAGCGUGUGCGUACGAGUCGGAAAGGAAAGUGCUCCGGUACAUGUGCUUUUUGUAAAAUUUUUGACAAAGGCGGCAAAAGACCAUCGUCGUUUUUUUUCUCGUCUGUGGCAAAGGUCCCGUUGCGGUGCUGUAUUUAUAUUUUCUAACCGUGGCAUAACCUCGUUUGCUUAUUUUUUAAAAAGUCGAUUUGUGAAGAGGAUAUUCUUAUAAAUGUUUUCUCGUUCUUAAGUGAUGAUAUAUUUUUUUUAAGAUGAGCAUACAGUAAUUCGUUUGUGGCUCUUGAAGCGCAGUCCCGCAUUGGUCAUUUGUAACCGUGGGUGUUAAUGGGUCCUCCUUGAACUGUGCUGAAUUGUCGUGGUUUUGUAACUCUUUGGGACGGAGGGUGAUUUUCGUCGACAACCAGUUCCUGUGGUCUUGCCUAAAAAGUUGUACUUCACUGUCAGCUGUACUGAGAGAUACGUGUGCAUGUCGUCGAAGUGAUUUUGAAACUUGGUUUUAAAAAAAAAAAAAAAAAAACAGUCAGAAGCACCCCUUUCACGGUGCACACCCAGGUAAAAUUUUCUGGAGUCUUUUUCUCUGUCCGAGUUCGCCCGAGGGGGGGGGGCAUUAGCGCCCUACCCAUGUAGCUGUUACUUCAGAUGUCUUCUCUUUAAUUACGACAUUCUAACGACAUGAUUUUGACAGCAUGUUUCCAUUUUGAAGUGUGACUGUAGCCCUGUUCAUUAAUUCUAUGAGUUACCAGUUGCCAAUAUUAGUCGUGAGAAAACAGUCCUUGAAACUGAUUUCUGAUAGAUAUGUUUAUGCCUACAGUAAUAUGGUAUUGAUUUCUAGUUUUUCUGACGCACUGCAUACAAUUUGCAAUUUAAGAGCGGAGAGAGUUAUACAGCCCAAAGCGGGCGGGGCAAGUAUAUUUAAUAUUGGGGAAUUUGAUGAGAAGGGCUGCAGUAAUGCUUUAAAAAUGAGGCGUAAAAAAAAAAAGGUUUUUAAAGAUGCUGGACUCGCCCCCAGCAAGGCACAGUACAAGGUUUUCAAUGUAGCAGAAGCCGGGAACGGGCUUCUCUGUGUUUUCCAGAUGAAAUAAACACAGACUACCGCA